AUGGCGGCCGAGGCCCUGGCGGCGGAGGCCGUGGCGUCGCGCCUGGAGCGGCAGGAGGAGGACAUCCGCUGGCUGUGGGCGGAGGUCCACCGCCUGAGGGAUGAGCAGCUGAAUGCGCCCGACCGGUGCCAGGCCGAGGGGCCGUGCCUCACGCGCGAGGUGGCGCAGCUACGGGCCGAGAACCGCGAGCUGCGCCAUCGCCUGUACCACUUGCGACUGUGCCUCGCGGAGGAGCUGAGCCACCGGGCGCGGCAGGAGAGCCCCGCGCGGGAGGAGGCCAGGCGCGCGGCCGCGGGCGCGCAGGUACCGCGCGGGCGCCACCUGCGGGGGGCGCGGCGGGUGGCCUCCUGCCCGGUGCCUGCCCCUCCCCAGCCCUGCCCCUCGCCCCUGCUUGAGCUGGGGAACCCGCGACGGCUGGACACCCUGGGGUGCUGCGUUUCCAGCCAACGCCCGGCUGACCUAAAGCUAGAAUGUCUCAGCUCUUCCAGUGAAGAAUCAACAAAUUUUGUGAAGGAAAGAUUGAAGCUUUUUGAAAUAUUGAAGAAAGAUCAUCAACUCUUACUUGCCAUUUAUGAAAAAAAGGGGAAUACAAGCAAUGUGAUCACAGUAAGAGUGGCUGAUGGGAAAACAGUGGAAGGAGAAGUUUGGAAAACAACACCUUACCAAGUGGCUGCUGAAAUUAGUCAGGAACUGGCAGAAAGCGCAGUUAUCGCCAAAGUCAAUGGUGAAUUAUGGGACUUGGACCGUCCAUUGGAAGGAGAUUCCACACUGGAGCUGCUUACCUUUGAUAACGAGGAAGCUCAAGCUGUGUACUGGCACUCCAGUGCCCACGUGCUCGGGGAAGCCAUGGAGCUCCACUUCGGAGGCCACCUUUGCUGCAGCACACCCACCGACGAGGGGUUUUACUGUGACAUGUUCACUGAAGACAGGGCCGUGUCUAGCACGGAGCUGCCAGCCCUGCAGAGCACGUGUGAGGCCAUCAUAAAAGAACAGCAGCCUUUCGAAAGGUUAGAAGUCAGCAAGGAGGUCCUUCUGGACAUGUUUAAGUACAAUAAAUUCAAAUGCCGCAUCCUGAAUGAAAAGAUUAAAACGCCGACUACCACGGUUUACAGAUGCGGUCCACUGGUUGACCUUUGCAAAGGACCCCAUGUAAGACACACUGGAAAAACUAAUGCCAUAAAGAUUUUCAAGAGUGCCUCAACAUACUGGGAGGAGAAUCCUGAAAUGGAAACCCUGCAGAGGGUCUACGGGAUUUCCUUUCCUGAUGACCAGAUGAUGACAGACUGGGAGAAGCUCCAGGAGGAAGCCAAGACCCGGGAUCACAGGAAGAUUGGGAAGGAACAGGAACUUUUCUUUUUCCAUGAUCUGAGUCCCGGAAGCUGUUUCUUUCUUCCCAGAGGAGCCUUUAUUUAUAAUGCACUUAUGGAUUUCAUACGAGAGGAAUACCACCAACGCAGCUUCACAGAAGUGCUAUCCCCCAACAUGUACAGCAGUAAGCUCUGGGAAGCCUCGGGACACUGGCAGCACUACAGAGAGAACAUGUUUACUUUUGAUGUUGACAAGGACACUUUUGCCCUUAAACCCAUGAACUGUCCAGGGCACUGCUUGAUGUUUGCCCAUCGUCCGCGAUCUUGGAGGGAAAUGCCUAUUAGAUUUGCUGACUUCGGAGUUCUUCAUAGGAAUGAACUGUCAGAAACUUUGAGCAGCUUGACCCAUGUCAGGCGCUUCCAGCAGGAUGAUGCACACAUCUUCUGCACAGUGGAGCAGAUUGAAGAAGAAAUAAAAGGGUGUUUGAAGUUUUUGCAAUCUGUUUACUCGACAUUUGGCUUCUCCUUUCAAUUAAAUUUAUCAACAAGACCUGAAGACUUUCUAGGAGAAGUUGCGAUAUGGGAUGAAGCUGAAAAGCAACUACAGAAUAGCUUGGUAGAAUUUGGAAAACCGUGGAAAAUGAAACCAGGAGACGGAGCAUUUUAUGGUCCUAAAAUUGAUAUAAAAAUCAAGGAUGCUAUUGGUAGAUACCAUCAAUGUGCUACAAUUCAGCUGGACUUCCAACUACCUAUAAGAUUUAACCUUACAUAUGUUAGUAAGGAAGGAGAUGAUAAGAAGAACCCUGUGAUCAUUCAUCGAGCCAUUUUGGGGUCAGUGGAAAGAAUGAUAGCCAUUCUCUCAGAAAACUAUGAGGGGAAAUGGCCUUUCUGGCUGUCUCCUCGUCAAGUAAUAGUGAUCCCUGUGGGUCCAGCUUGCGAAAAAUACGCACUUCAGGUAUCCAAUGAGUUUUUGGAAGAAGGUUUCAUGGCUGAUGUUGAUUUAGAUCAUAGCUGUACACUAAAUAAGAAAAUACAAAAUGCACAGCUGGCUCAGUAUAAUUUUAUUUUAGUUGUUGGAGAAAAGGAAAAGGCAAAUAAUGCUGUCAGUGUUCAAACAAGAGAUAACAAAAUUCAUGGAGAGAUUUCAGUAACCUCUGCCAUUGAUAAACUGAAGAAGCUCAAGAAAACACGUACCCUAUAUGCUGAGGAAGAAUUCUGAAGUUCUUUCCAUGUGCUCAUGCUUGUGUAACCUUGUUCUGACCCCUGAUAGUGCAUUUUCCUUAGUUAGCAUUAGUACUCCUUCCAAGGACUUGGGACCCACUGUUGGCUCCACUGAUGGGCAGAAUGAGAAGAAAGAAAGGGAAUGAGUAUAAUUCUCUAAUGUGUCUGCAGACAAUGAGAGGACAAGCUUGGAAAGCUUUUAAUUUCCUAGAUGUCUUGAGAGACUUAAAUGGGAAAAUGUUAUUCAUCAAAAGAGGGAAAUACUAGGAAAUGAACAUUAUGAGAUGUUAUUGUUAAGAAUUGUGAUUUUCAAAAGAUAGGUUUCAGAUAAAACUCUGCAAAGCUUUUGAAUGUGGGGGACAAUCUUAUUUUCUAAUAACAUUAUUCCUUAGGUUUUGUUUUUGUUUUUUGUUUGUUUGUUUGUUUUUUGUCUUUCUGCUAUUUCUUGGGCUGCUCCUGCGUCAUAUGGAGGUCCCAGGCUAGGGGUCGAAUAGGAGCUGUAGCCGCCGGCCUAUGCCAGAGCCAUAGCAACACAGGAUCCGAUCCGCGUCUGCGACCUACACCACAGCUCACGGCAACGCCGGAUCAUUAACCCACUGAGCAAGGGCAGGGUCCGAACCCGCAACCUCAUGGUUCCUAGUCGGAUUUGUUAACCACUGAGCCACGACGGGAACUCCUGUUUUUUAAUUUUUGGCAGCCCGUGGCAUACGGACCUCCUGGGCCAGGGAUCAGAUCCAAGCUGCAGUCUUCAACCUAAGCCAAAGCUGCAGCAAUGCCGGAUCCUUAACCCACUGUGCUGGGCCCAGGACUGAACCUGAGUCCCUGUACUCCCAAGACACCACUAAUCCCCAUUGUGCCACAGCAGGAGCUCCUUAGGUUUAUUUUUGUUUUUUGUUUUUGCUUUUUGGGGCCACACCUGCAGCAUAUGAAGGUUCCCAGGCUAGGGGUCUAAUUGGAGCUACAGCUGCCAGCCUAUGUCACAGCCACAGCAACGCCAGAUCCAAGCCACAUCUGCAAACUAUACCACAGCUCACAGCCAUGCUGAAUCCUUAACCCACUGAGUGAGGCCAGGGAUCAAACCCACAGCCUCAUGGUUCCUAGUUGGUUUCAUUUCCGAUGCGCCACAAUGGGAACUCCAGUAUUUUUUUUUUUUUUAACUAAAGUUUUACUGAAGUUCACACUGAAACUUUAUCUUCUAAAUCAGAAUCAUUAAUUUGUUUUUACUAACCAACAACCACAAAAGAAGCAGCUAGUACUAAAUACUGGAUUACAGACAAAUCAGUGUUGUGCAGUCUAGUUUCCUCUGUGGCAUAAGAAUUGCCAUUUCAAUGCUUCUAAUUGACAAAUUGAACCUAUUUAUCCUUAGAAAAAAUAAACCCUCAAAUAAAAUGUGUUACAUAGUG